AUGACAUAUCCUUGUUGGGCAUCUAUAAACAGGGGCAUUCUGAUCUGUGAUGAGUGCUGUAGUGUUCAUCGAAGUUUGGGGCGUCAUAUCUCUCAAGUGAGACAUCUCAAGCAUACACCAUGGCCUCCAACACUGCUGCAGAUGGUUGAAACACUGUAUAAUAAUGGUGCUAACUCCAUAUGGGAACAUUCAUUGCUGGACCCUGCCUCUGUUAUGAGUGGAAGGCGCAAAGCUAGCCCACAGGAUAAAGUGCAUCCCAAUAAAGCAGAAUUCAUUAGAGCUAAAUAUCAGAUGUUAGCAUUUGUUCAUCGCUUGCCAUGCCGUGAAGAUGACAGUGUUACUGCCAAAGAUCUUAGUAAGCAACUCCAUUCCAGUGUAAGGACAGGGAAUCUGGAGACAUGUUUGCGAUUACUCUCCUUAGGAGCUCAAGCCAACUUCUUUCAUCCUGAGAAAGGAAACACCCCGCUCCAUGUUGCUGCUAAGGCAGGACAGACUUUACAAGCAGAAUUAUUAGCGGUUUAUGGUGCUGAUCCUGGCACGCAAGAUUCCAAUGGAAAAACUCCAGUUGAGUAUGCAAGACAAGGUGGGCAUCACGAACUGGCAGAGCGCCUGGUGGAAAUUCAGUAUGAACUCACAGACAGGUUAGCUUUCUAUCUCUGUGGCAGGAAACCAGAGCAUAAAAAUGGACAGCACUUUGUUAUACCUCAGAUGGCAGACAGCAGUCUAGAUUUAUCAGAACUUGCAAAAGCAGCUAAGAAGAAACUUCAGUCUCUAAGCAACCACUUAUUUGAAGAACUUGCCAUGGAUGUGUAUGAUGAAGUUGACAGGAGAGAAACAGAUGCAGUUUGGCUUGCUACUCAGAAUCAUAGUACACUUGUGACAGAGACCACAGUGGUCCCUUUUCUUCCCGUAAAUCCUGAAUAUUCCUCAACCAGGAAUCAGGGAAGACAGAAACUGGCUCGAUUUAAUGCCCAUGAAUUUGCUACGCUAGUUAUAGAUAUUUUAAGUGAUGCCAAACGAAGACAACAGGGGAAUCCUCUCACUGGUUCAAAAGAAAAUGUGGAACUGAUACUCAAAUCAAUCAGCAAUCAACAUAGUAGUGAAAGUCAGGAUAAUGACCAGCCUGAUUAUGACAGUGUUGCUUCAGAUGAAGAUACAGAUCUGGAAACAAAUGCAGCUAAAUCAAACAGGCAGAAGAGCCUGGAUUCAGACUUGUCAGAUGGACCAGUGACAGCCCAAGAAUAUAUGCAAGUUAAAAAUGCAUUGGUGGCUUCUGAGGUAAAGAUUCAGCAAUUAAUGAAAGUGAACAUCAACUUGAGUGAUGAGCUGAGAAUCAUGCAGAAAAAGCUUCAAACGCUACAGAGUGAAAAUACCAGCCUCAGAAGACAGGCUACAACCAAUAUAUAUCAGGUCCAAACUGGUUCUGAAUACACAGACCCUACCAACAAUUCUUCUUUAAAGCGGCGACCAUCUGCACGGGGUAGCAGACCCAUGUCCAUGUAUGAGACUGGAUCAGGUCAGAAACCCUACCUCCCCAUGGGAGAGGUCACAUACCCAGAAGAAAGCAUAACAAGACUGCAGCCUUUCCCUCCACAUAUCGGGAGGAGUGCGUUUGUGACCUCCUCUUCAUCUCUACCUUCCUUCCCCUCCACGCUUUCCUGGUCAAGGGAUGAAAGCACACGAAGGACCUCGAAGCUGGAGAAGCAGAGCAGCGUGUCCGAGAGUGACUACGAUAACCCCACCGCCCCUCUGGAGCUGGAGGAGACGGGGUCAGGCAGGAAGGGCCGGCAGAGGAGUGUCAUUUGGCAGGGGGAGAGCUCCAUCCCUGAAGAUGCUGACACAGCCCCCAACUCCAGUUUGCCCAGUACAGAAGAUGUGAUUCGGAAAACUGAGCAGAUCACUAAGAAUAUUCAGGAGCUGCUGCGAGCAGCACAAGAGAACAAGCAUGAUAGACCAUUAGAGCGUGCGGGCAUGCUCAAGCUCAGACAUAGCCUCGGCUGCUUCAGCACGCUGGUUCCCUGGGCUGAGAGAGCUCCCCUGCAGCCUCUGACCAUCCAGCAGCCCGGUCCUGCCUCCUGCUAUAUACCAUGCUCCGAGAGAAUACAUGUGGCAGUAACGGAAAUGGCAGCCUUGUUCCCAAAAAAACCCAAAUCUGAACUGGUAAGGACUUCUUUGCGUCUGCUGACAUCUAGUGCCUACAGACUCCAAUCCGAGUGCAAAAAAACCCUUCCUGUGGAGACGUGCCCUACAACAGACAUCCAGCUGGUCACGCAGCAAGUGAUCCAGUGCGCCUACGACAUCGCCAAGGCUGCUAAACAGCUGGUUACCAUCACAACCAAAGAGAACAACAACUGAGUCACACUUGGCUUUUUAGUCUUGUUUUUUAAAGGUUGAAUUUCAAACAGGUGUGGAACUAUUCAAAUUUUUAUGAGAAAAACUAAAGGGGCAAGAAACUUUUUUUAAAAAACUCAGUAUUAUUUUUGCAUGUUUUCUAACAAUUUUAUGAUUAAUUUAACCCACUGCCUUAUUUUGUGCCUGUGUUGCCAGUUUAGUUACAGAUAAUAGCAUGCUGCGAAUAGCUGUUGAGCCAUUAUCACGUACCAGCGUUGUAUCAAGCUCUUGCUAGAUGUUCCCCUGGGGCCACGUUCUGCUUUCAGAUACUGCUUGCAAAACUCCCGCUGAAGUCAGCUGCGCGUAUCAGAGGGCAGAAUCUCACCUCUGCUCUGUCCGUCCUGGAGCCUCGUGUGCCGUGAUGCCGCUGACUGAGAAACCCGCAGCGAAACAGGCUCUGAAGGCUCCAGGACCGUAACUGCUGCCCAGCAGGAAGAAGGUUGUAGUCCUGGUAACGGAGUACAAGCCGAAUAUUACCUGUUCCCAUAUCAAUUGUUGUGCAAUAAUAUGUUUUUAGUCUGCUAAAACAAUAGUAGUUGUGGGCAUACGAGCUUAUUACAUGUAACUAUACAAGGUCUUUGUCACUUUAUCUGUUUUGGAAGGAAUUUGAAACUUAAUAGUUAUUUCUUUUAGUUGUCACUAUGCCAUUAAUAUGUAUGUUUGAUGUUACGUUAGGGCAUUAGUGGUUAAAAUAUUAUCCUUUGUUUCUGAUUUAACAAUUCAUUCUUAAGUUUCCUACAGAAUUUUACUGUCAUCUUCAAGGCACCAUCUUGUUUGCAGCAGCAUUGCUCAGUAACUCAAGAUGCAAUAUCACUAAAGAUUUCUGUGAUAAUUAAAAAACAAAAAAGGAAGUUAGAAGAGUGCCAGUGCAAAAGCAGCUGUGCCUGCCAUAGCAUGUAACCUCUGUACCUCAACAUAUCCAAAUGUGAAAAGAUUUCUGAUGUCUAGUAAGUUUUAUGCAAAUCUUUCAAAAUUUUACAAGCUACUUAUGGAGUAACCCAAGCUAGGCUGCCUGUUAGAAAAGUAGGUGGGUGACAAACGUCCAUGUGGGUUUCAGGUUUCUUCAUUCGUAACA